AUGGCGAAUCAUCACUUUGGCAAUAUGGACGGCAAGCCUGCCAACUAUAAACCAGCGUAUCGCCCAACAGUCGAGGAGUUGCUCCAGCGUAACAAGGAGUACGCGGCCACUGUGCAUAAACCUUGGCCUGACUUGGGCGAGUUGCUGGAAUGGACUUCGCCAUCUACUAUUGUCAUUGCCUGUUCUGAUCCGCGAUGCGAUCCUCAGCAAUUUAUGCAGGGGAGAAGGGGUGAAAUUGCUGCAAUUAGAAAUCUAGGUGGUCAGGUCGAGAUCAGUAUCGUGGAUAUCGCUACUCUAGACAGCGAGUUCCAGUUCAAGGAGCUCGUGAUCGUUCACCACACUAAUUGUGGCGUCCAAAGUUUGACGGCAGAUGGAGUCUCUGAGUACUUGAAGGAGAAUCUUCCCAGUGCCACUAAAGAAGAGCUGGCAGCAUUUCCGAUCACUCUUUUCUCAGAUAUGGAAGAGGGAAUAAGACAUGACUUGGAAGUUGUGCGGAAAUCACCUUAUAUUCGCAAAGAAUUGAAAGAAUCAGCCAGAGGGUUUAUUUUUGACAUUAGAACUGGGCUUUUGACACCAGUGGUUCAAGAUAUAUAAUAUCUUUUAAAACUCUACUCUGGCUUUAUAUAGGAAAACUAGACCGAUAGAGUUCCCUCUCCAACCCUAGCGUUACACUGGCACACGUUUUUGAUGCUCCUUUUCAUAGCGCUAGACUGGUUCUUCAAUAUCUUCACCGUAGCCCUUGAGUUUACUCAUAUCCUAGUUAAACCGAUAAGCUCUUUACAGUAUGAAACGUAAGCUAUUCAGAAUGUGGAAGUUGUAAUGACAAUUGGUACAUAAAUCG